GAAGCUGCGGCCGGAAUAGUCCCCCUGCCGCCCUCUAGUGGCUGUGCUGUUUAUGGUCAUAGGCUGCAGCUACAUACAGGGCCCUGUCCUAAUCGAGCGCUCGUGGAAAACCAUAUAUAUUCCAAAAUAAUAUGCACCAUUUUUGUUUUGUGGAUACUAGACUAAAGAAAUUGCACCAUGCCAUCUAGUGACUUUCCUCUGGAGAAUACUGGCCUGCGAGGGACAAGGCAGAUAUCGCAGCCUCGACGAAGACUUGCUUUAACCUUGCCUGGUUCUGAUCAGUUGAGAACAGCUAUUCCUUCUAAGAUGGAGUUCAGUGCGCCUACAAAUGAGUUGCUGUCCUGGGAAAAAGGGUCCCUUCGUCCUCUGAGGACCACUAAUUCUGUUUUAGCCAGCGGUCUUGAGCUGUCCCCUCAAUCCCUGUUAUCCUCAAGCCUCUCUUCUACCUCUAACUCUAUUCUGGAUAGUGGCUCUUUUAUAACAUCUCAGUCAUCUCUAGACAAUAAAUCUUUAUCUUCAUCAUUUUCUGGCCUACUAAGUUCACCGCUGGCUUCUAAAUCCUUGCUGACGACGAAUAGCUGUCUAACAUCUGAGGGUUCUUGUUCUGUCCUUACCUCCAAUAUUUUGUUGUCCCCUAAAUAUGCAGUAACCUCUGUUUCGUUCUUGUCUGCUGAGAUGGCUGUAAAUCUUAAUUCUUCUUCUACUCCGCUUGAUACCUCAAAUAUCCCAUUGUCCACUAAGCAAACUGACAUCACUGUCUCACCCUUACCAUCGGAUGUGAGCAGGAAACUCAAUUCUACUUUGAUUCCAAAUGUUGAAACAUCUAAUCUUUCUCUGCAUUACUCAAGCAAUACUGUGCUACCUACUAUGAUUUUACAACAGGAGUCCAGUAAGAACAUUGAGACCAAGUCCACCAGUCAUGGUAGAAUUGCUUCAGAACUGCCAUCCACUUUGGUAGCUGACCAGACAAAAGAGCUUGAAUUGCAAGAUGUUACAUUUUUACCUGUAACUCUUGAACAAGAGGAAGAAUCCAGUGAGAUAUCCAUGUCACCAGCUGAGGCUAUGAUGGAGAAUUGGCCAUCACAAUCUUCUCAAGCUUCUGAAAGUGAAUUCAUUACCCAAGAACAAGUAAAACCUAUGCAGAAAGAACCUGACGUUAUUGAUAUUGAGAAACCAGACAACCUGCUAAAGCAGAAGAAGAUGGCUUUAAUUUCUGCCGUAUGCUGCUCAUUGGUGAAUUCACCCAAGUUCACAGAUUCAUCAGACACUACCCGGGCUAAUAUUAUGGAUUUGUGUGAAGAUAUUGCACAGUUUGAUCCAGAGUUUAUAUUGAAGGUUGCUCUUUAUACACGACAGGAGCUCAAUAUACGUACCACAGCAAAUUUCCUACUUGCCCUGUCUGCCCUAUUUCCUUCUUGUCGACCACACCUACGUCGGUAUCUGUGCUCUUCUGUGCAGCUACCAAGUGACUGGAUGGAUGUACCGCGGAUGUACCAGAGCUUAGCAGGGAAAGGAGAUAAGCUGGCUCCACUGCCUUCUUGCCUUCGUAGAGCAUUGACCCUCAAGUUCCAAAAGUUCAGUGAAUAUCAGCUGGCAAAGUACAAUACCCGUAAGCAGCGUGGGAAACAUGAUUCCCAGAAAAAGAAGGAAAAGAAAACUAGUAAUUUUAGCGCAUUGAAGUGUGGCAGAAAUAUGCGAAAACUGGAAGGUUUAUGUAAACUUCUAGAUAAGCAGGUUGAACCUGCUUCUGCUAGUGCUGGAAAGAAAACGAAAGACAAGUUCUCUAUGAAGAGUCUGAUUCAGAGACUACAUAUUUCUAAGCCAGUGAAUCAUGUCAUGAGUCUGCUUGGAUGCAGAUAUCCAAAAGACCUGAACGCCUUCUCCCGCAGUGGUCUUGAAGGUCCUUGGCAGUCCCAUCUAUCAGGCCAGAGAAUGAAAUUAAAGCAGCCUGAAACAUGGGAAAGGGAGUUGAGUCAGAAAGGGAACACAGGCCCAGUAUGGGAGGGCUUGCUUGACAAUCGUAAAGUACCCUUCAUGGCAUUAUUAAGGAAUCUGAGGAAUAUGAUCAGAGCAGGUAUCGGUGAAAAGCAUCAUAGGGAAGUAACUGCAUAUUUGUCCAACCAGAAUGCGGUCAUCAAAAGCCGUCUUUUCCCAUUUCGCUUUCUCUCUGCUUACAAAGUCAUUCAUGACCUAGAGUGUCAGCUAAGUAGGGCAGAGGAGCCAUUCCCCACCAAUAGUGACCUCCUCCAACGAAUCUUUCGCAGAGAAAAGAAGAAUAUUCCACAGCUAUCUCGCAAGCGUUUCUCUCGAUCUGAACUGAGAGCAUGUUUGGCUUUUCCAGUUAUCCAUCGCCUUCUUAAAAGAGAGAAAGAAGCCCUUAGGAAAGCCAGGACGAUAAAAUUUACUGAAGGUGUUGUGGUGAGGUAUAAGAAAUCACUGGAGCAGGCCAUUCAGAUAUCGGCACGUCACAAUAUCCCACCGAUACCUGGACGUACAGUGAUACUCAUGUGUGUGGAGUCCUCAAUGUAUGCAUCGUGCCAUGGAGCCAAAGAGCUAGCUGUUAGAAGUUAUGACCCCUCUGAGAGAAGAGAACCACCCUCACUCAUAGAUGUGGGUUUACUGUUGAGCCUGAUGGUGAAGAACACAGCAGAAAACGUUCAGCUUAUCCUGUACAAUCAAAACCACUAUGCCAAGGUUGACCACUCUUCAAGUCCCCUCCUGGAACGUGUGAGCGAGGUUAAGCAGCAAGCUGAGAAAAUGCAAAAUCAUACAGUCCUGCCCUGUGAAGAAAGAAACCCCUUGGCAGAAUACCUCUCAGAACUCCUUAUGGAACGCACUAAGGUAGAUACUCUACUAGUUUUUGGAGAGAGUCCACUAAAUGAAGAAUUUAGGACUGUGCUGAAGCAUUAUCGACGAGUAGUGAAUGCCGACUGUCUCUGUGUGACUGUGCUGCCUAAUGGAUUCCAAAGUGAGGACUCCCUUGAUCAGUGUAAUGAUGUGACGCUAUGCGGUUUUACAGAGCAAGUGUUGAAAUAUGUAUCAGAGAGGGGAACUUCCCGACUAUUGGAUCAUGUGGAGAAAGUCAAUGAAAGAUUCAAUAUUCCAGAAGACCCAGAGAAUAUCAAAAAGAGACGCAUGGCAGUUAGCGGUCUACUUACUUCUAUUCCCAAGCAGAAGUGGCGCAGUGUCCGUAUAUUUAUCUCCUCCACUUUCCGUGAUAUGCACUCAGAAAGAGAUCUGUUGAUUGGACAGGUGAUGCCACAACUGCGCCAGCGUGCUGCGUGUCACUUCCUGUCCCUGGAGGAAGUUGAUCUCCGGUGGGGAAUUACAGAAGAAGAAACAAAGAAAGACAGGCAGUUGUCUCUGUGUCUGUCUGAAGUUGUUCGGAGCCAAAUCUUCAUUGGUAUACUGGGAGAGAGAUACGGCCAUGUCCCCAUAACUUAUUCUGUUCCACUCCUGCCUGAGUAUCAUUGGAUUCAGUCGUAUCCUCCAGGACGAUCCGUCACAGAGUUGGAGUCUAUGCAGUUUUUGCAGAGUUGUAAGACCUAUAAAUCAGGCCACCCAAAGGCUUUCUUCUACUUUAGGACUCCUGAAGUUAUUAGGUCGGUGCCCAGCCACUGGCUUUCGGAUUUUGUGUCUGAAUCUCAAGAAGCGGAAAAACGUAUGCUGGACCUAAAGAAAAGAGUAGUCAAACAUCCUGCUGCUAUAAGUUACACGUACUCCUGUCAGUGGGGUGGUGAAAAUGAUGGAAAACCACACCUGACAGCACUAGAGGACUUUGGAGCUAGAGUUUUAAAUGAUGUAUGGCAAGUGAUUGAGAGGGACUAUCUUAAGGAAGAGUCAAAUGUAUCUGAAGAUGAAGAAGAUCAGCUAACACAGGAAGGCUUUCAAGAAUGGCACGAACGUCAUUCUUUUGCUAGAAGCAAGCAAGUUAUGCAAGUGUGUGAACAGAUCUUGGAGAAGAGACGAGCAUCUCCGUCGUCUGGGAGAGUGUUUCUAGUGGUCGGAGAGCCGAGUCAAGGCAAAACUGUGUUUAUGGCCGACCUUGUGAAAGAACUAAGACUUGUUAGUUCAGCAUCAGUCAUCUAUCAUUUUACCGGGGCAAAUCCUAGGUCAAAAGAUGUAGAGACCAUGUUAAAAAGUUUCUGCAAGCAACUGAAUAGGCGUCUGCAAAGAGAAAGCAAGAGUCUCAAUUCAUACAGGGAUGCUUUAGCUGAAUUUCAGGCUCUGCUUCUCUUAAUUCCUCACUCUUUGAAACGGAAUGACACGUUGACGCUACUCGUAGACGGGGCCGAUGUCCUGUGUGGAUGUGCCGGGGAGCUCACUUCUGACUGGAUCCCAGAUUUCCUCCCUCAGAGAGUUAACAUGGUUCUGAGUGUAACUGAUGGAUCCUCUUUAUGCGGCACCCUUAGAAAGUGCAAGGGCAUCACUGUCAUUCCCCUAGGAAGACUGGAACCAAGUGAGCGGGCUGAGCUGGUCAGAGGAAAGCUUGCCGUCUAUGGAAAAAAGCUGGAAGAAUCUGCCUUUAAUAACCAGAUGCGUCUCUUGAUGAUUAAGAAGGGGACACGUGACCCUCUGUAUCUAACUCUUGCCUGCGAGGAGCUGCGAGCUAAUGCUGUCUUCGAGAAGCUCUCUGAGGAUAUACAGAAGUUGCCAGCCAGCCUUCCACAAUUACUUCAGAAGAGACUAAAUACCUUAGAAGAAGAACAUGGAACUGACAAUGUCACGGUUGCUUUGACUGCCAUUUGCAUUUCACAGAAGGGACUUUUGGAGAGAGACUUGCUCAGGAUCCUAAGUUCACUGCAGUGGGUUAAAUCUAUAUACACCGCCAGCUGGAGUGAAAUGCUGGCUGCUGCCACUCAUACAGACAGUCUUCCCAUGGCUACUUUUUCACUGCUCCUCGGGGGACUGAGAAGUGUUCUUGAUCUCUGGAGCCAUAAUUCGACAUCUGAGCCCAGGCUGCAUCUUUCUAGUUGUCUUCUACGAGAAGCUGUGGAGAAACGUUAUUUUGGAAAACCAGAAGUUGUGCGUGCAGUGCAUCUUCUUAUGGCUGCAUACUUCUGGACAGUGUCCUCCCCUAAAGAUCCAGACUCCUCUCCUGUUCUCCAUGCUGAAUGCCUGAGUGAGCUGUCCCAUCAUCUGCUCUGUGGAAUUCAGUUACACACUCUUGGUCAGCUUCUUGUACACCUUCCUUUCCUGCGGGCACAUGCCAGCUUGGGUCUUUUACCACACUUAUGCCAGGUCUAUAGCAACUAUGGGAUUGCACUUUCAAAAAGACCUUCAUCAUGGGAACACAUGGAGACUGAUCCAUCAGCACCUGAACCUGCUGUGAGGGUAUUCAGGGAAUUCAUUGAGCGAUCCUUACACAUUCUCUCCCAGAACCCUUCUCUGUUUUAUCAGUUGGCUCUGAAUGAGCCCCACUGUUCCCCAGUUUGCAUCCAGGCUCAAGAGAUUUUGGCCGAGUGGAGUUCAGAAAGCCAGUUUAUUACAGUUUGGGAAAAUAAGCCCAAAUCUGUAAAUUUCUGCAGCAGCAAAUCUUUGGAUGUUCCUUCUACACCGGGUUGUGUUGGACUGAGUUGCAAAGGAAACUUUGCAGUUGUGGGCACCAGUGAUGGCUCGUUGCAUAUUCUACAUACAGACAGUGGCGAGGAAAUCAGAACAUUGUAUAGUGGCUGUGAUGGCGUCUCCUGCUGUGCAUUUAUUUCUGAUGCAUUACUCUGUGUUGGAUCCUAUGAUGGAACAUUGGAGAUAUGGAACAUAACAGACGGCUGUCGAAUACACAGAAUUGAAGCCCACAGACGACAGGUCACAGGUUGUUGUGUUAGUGCAGAUCGUAGACAGAUGCUCACCUGCUCUCUGGACUCUGAUGUCAAGGUAUGGGACACCAGCCGUUGCACCCUCACAAGCUCCAACUCAUUCCCCAGCCCUCUCAACUGUGCAGCAUUUCACCCUAAUCGUUAUGUGGCUUCUGUGGGAUCUUGGGAUGGCAAAGUAUUUGUUGUUCAACUGGACAAUUGGAAUCGAAGUGCUGUCCUGUGUGGUUCUUCAUCAGUGAAAACAGUGUCAUUCUCCUUAGAUGGCAGUGUUGUGGUCUCAGGGAGUCUUGAUGGCUGGGUGUCCCUGUGGUCUUGGGAAGCACAAGUUCUCCUGUCUCGUUUCAGAGCUCAUAGUGGUUAUACGCUGACUUCUAACUUUCUGCAGCAUGGGGAAUAUCUGUUGACUGGUGGAGAAGAUGGCAAGGUGCAAGUAUCAUCUGGAGGACUGGGGAGGCUACAUGCUCAUGGCUGUGUGAAGACUGCCUUAUCUCCUGCACUUUCUGUAGCCAUCUCUCCUAACAGGCAGCUGUUUGCGGUUGGCUAUCAUUCGGAUUCUGUUUAUAUCUACAAAGUUGAUAACGGGGAGCUUGUGUCGCAGUGUCCAUUUGAGAAUGUAGCAGUGGACAGUCUUGUAUGGCUCUCUGAUAACACGCUGGUUACUGGCAGCUCGGAUAGUUUAAUUCGUGUCUGGGAUGUAUCACCAGAACAGUCAUCUUGUCGGCUCACUCUGUGUGGGCAUCAACGAUCUGUUCAGGCCUUGGCACUAUCCUGCCAGUUUCUAGCUUCCGCUUCUGAGGAUGUUUCCAUCGGCCUGUGGUCAGUGGAUAAUCUCCUAAUGGCUAAUCCAUCAGUUUCUCCUGUCUCAGUUCUUCGGAGUCACACUGCAGCAGUUACAUGCUGUGCUUUUAGCCCAGAUGGGAACCUGCUGGCUACUGGUGGGAAAGACCGGUCUCUGCUCUGUUGGGACGUCUCGGUGAAUCCCCCUGUUCUUGCGCACACCCUGCUGUCAUGUCACAAGGACUGGAUAACUUGCUGUUCAUGGACGGACGACAGCAUGUUGGUCUCGUCUUCAGGAGAUGGAUCUGUGUGCCUGUGGGAUAUUCAGAAUGAGAAGCAGCUCCUGACAUUUGCUGGACAUCUAAGUGCAGUCAGCAGUGCUCUGUGCAUGGGGGAACGUGUUAUCACCAGUGGCCGAGAUGGUUUCCUAAAAGUCUGGAGUCUUACUGGCACUGAGAUCGCUAGUAUUCCUACUCACCACAGUCAGAUAAAUCAGAGCACCGCAUACUGGGAGCCAGAACAUAGUCAAGACGAUACUAAUUUAGUGGUUUAUACGGCUGGUUCCGAUGCCAUGGUAUUAAAGUGGAGUCCCCUGCAGAUGGAGCAGAUACAAACUCUUAAUGGUCAUGGAGCAGCUGUAGUAUCGUCAGUGGCAGACCCUCAGCUUCAGGUGACUGUGACAGCAGGCCAAGAUGGCUCUAUACGGCUAUGGGGAGCCCCAUGCAGGGAUGACUCUCUGUUGGCAACUAGUCACAAGGGAAUAAUUACUGCUGUUGCAUGGUCCCCUGAUGGUGAACUGGUUGUGUCAGGUGGAGAGUGCGGAGAUCUGAUUGUGUGGCACCAGCACAAAGCUCUGCUGACACUGCAAUGUGGCGAGCUCUGCAUUUCUUCAAUUAUUUUUACAACCAAGCGUUCUUUCUGCUGUGUGUCCAGUGAUCUUACAGUUUCCCGCUGGCUUUUGUUUCCUUGUAAAGAAGGUGCCUUAAGGGGGAAGAAGGCUUACAGUGUUGCGAUCGAGUCCCUGGUAUUGUCUGCUGUUCUCACCACCUCGCAGAAGGUGCAGCUGCACAUGUUGUCUGGAAAAGAUUUUCUCUUGGAUCCCAAGACUGGAUCUCUUCAGAACGUGGAUGAUGCUAACGCUUCCCUGCCAGAUUCUCAUGUCCACCCUCCUCAAGAGAUGCUACAUCCUGGCAGCAUUAUCACUGCAUCCCAUCCACAUUUUGGUGUAGGGGAUUCUGUUGGGGCCUUAUGGCUUAAAACCUCACAAACUUCCAGUCAUAGUACAGCUGACAUGUGGGAGAAGAAACAGAUUCACGCAGCUGCUGUCUCUUGCCUCAGUGUGACGGAUAAUCUUGUUAUCACAGCAUCCGUUGACCACAGUGUGAAGAUUUGGAAACGCAGUCCUUUUACACAGGUGGGCGUUUUCUACUGUGAAGGAGCAGUUACUUGUCUCUCACCCUGUCCUAUCCCAGAACGCGAUACCUCAUCGGUGCUGUGUCAGAUAGCUUGCGGUGAUCAGUAUGGAAAGCUGUAUAUGCUGACCUGUGUUAAGACGAGGAACUAAGUAAUGAUGUCACACACAUAAAUGUAUCUGGAUCUCUACAUGAAGAUGAUUACUUACAUGAAGUGCUGUCGAUAUACAAUAAAUAUAGUUCAGGAAUGCC